CACUGCGCUGUGGACGGACACCCACCAUUUCUACCAAGAAGAAGAAGAGGAAGGCCGGAAACGUUCCCCACCGGUGCUAUUACGCUGUUGCACACAUUUGGAACGCGCUGCGCCAGGAAUACUCUAAAACUCUCACAGUAUUACAGUCAACUGCGAUGGCCAAGCUCCAGGGCUUUGAGUUCUGGAGGAAGACCCUGAAAGAAGCGCGGUAUGUGGUGGCGCCCAUGGUGGACCAGAGCGAGCUGGCCUGGCGCCUGCUGAGCCGGCGGCACGGCGCUCAGCUCUGCUACACCCCCAUGCUGCACGCUCAGGUGUUUGUUCGCGAUGCCAACUACCGGAGAGAGAACCUCUACAAUGAGCUGUGUGAAGAGGACAGACCUCUCAUCACACAGUUUUGUGCCAAUGAUCCAGAGGUGUUCCUCCAGGCGGCUCUGCUGGCCCAGGACUACUGCGAUGCCAUCGACCUCAACCUGGGCUGUCCACAGAUGAUCGCUAAGAGAGGGCACUAUGGAGUUUUCUUACAAGACGAGUGGGAGCUGUUAGAGAAAAUGGUCAGUUUAGCCAAUGAAAAGCUCUCGGUGCCCAUCACAUGCAAGAUCCGUGUGUUCAAGGAGAUAGAAAAGACGGUCCGCUAUGCCCAGAUGCUGGAGAAAGCCGGAUGUCAGCUGCUGACAGUGCAUGGCAGAACCAAAGAGCAGAAAGGAGCCAUGACGGGUGUCGCUAACUGGGAGCACAUCAGGGCAGUGCGGAAGGCAGUAAAUAUUCCAGUGUUUGCAAAUGGCAACAUUCAGCACCUGAGUGAUGUGGAGCGCUGCAUUCAGGAGACGGGAGUGCAGGGAGUUAUGAGUGCAGAGGGGAACCUCCACAACCCGGCACUGUUUGAAGGAUGCAGCCCCCCCGUGUGGGAGAUGGCUGAGGAAUAUCUGCAGGAGGUGCAGCGGCAUCCCCCCUGCACUCUGUCCUAUGUACGAGCCCACCUCUUCAAGCUCUGGCACCACACGCUACAGAUCCACCAGGACCUGAGAGAAGAGCUGGCUAAGGUGAAGACCCUCGAGGGUUUGGCCGCUGUCAGCAAACAGCUGAGGCUGCGCUGCCAGGAGGAGAUAGCCAAAGGAAAGGAUGUGGAGGAAAAGGAGGGCGGCCUGCCAUUCCCCCACUGGAUCUGCCAGCCAUACGUCAGACCAGAGCCAAAGGAGCCCAUUGCCAACGGUAACAGCCAUGGCUCAGAGGUGAAGAAGACAGUGUGUCAGAAGAGGUCACUGGAGGACUCGGAUGAAACAGCUGACACACUCUCCAAAAACAAGCAGAAGAAGAGAUCCCGAAACCCACACAAGAACUUCAAUCCCGAGCAGAAACCCAAGUACAUCAAAUGUGAGCAGUGUGGGAACCCAAAGGGAAAUAAAUGUGUCUUCAACCUGUGUCGAGGCUGCUGCAAGAAGAAGGCCUACAAGGAGGUGGCUGACUGUCCAAGCCACGGGCUGAGGUUCAAGACCAAGGCCGAGAAACUAAAAGCUGAGGAGGACGAGAGAAGGCAGGAUGGAAGGAAGGAGGACAAAACGAAGGAGGAUGAGAGGAAGGAGGGCUUGGCGACAGACAGCAACUCUCCCCCGCCUCCCCCAGAUCCAAAUACAGAACUGCAGGUGCAGUCUAAGACUCCACUGCCACUAUGAGCAGGACUAAGGCUAUCCCUACAUGCGCCAAGCAUACUCCGUUAAUACAGACCUCUGCUGUCACAUGUCGGAAUCAGGUACUUUUUCUGAUGAUGUGACAAAUUAAAACCCUCAAAACCCAUUGAUCAAUGUAGGUUCACGCCCCAUUUCAGCCAUGGUGGCCUUCACCGAGUUGCCCGACCUGCUGAACGGUUCAGUCCAGAUGUUCAUCUCUGCUGCAGGGCUGCUGUGUGGACCUGCUUUGAUCCAUUUUGCUGGUGAUGAACACAAAUUGUUGUGUUGUUUUGAGCCACAGAGAGUUGCAGAGAUACAGCUGCUAAGAAACCUCAACAAGGAAGAGAUACAAGUAUGGAUGGACACAGACCAAAACCUAAACAAAAACACUUUUCUUUUCUUUUUUGGAUGUGGAAUUCUGAAUAAUGAUUAGCUUUGGGUUUUCUUUUUCUUUUAUUUUUAAUUUUUGAUUGGGUCCGUUGGGAUAUAUUUUCUCAACUUAUUAUUUUGUCUUUUUUAAGACAGAUUUUAUGGGGAGAAGUUUGAGCAUUCUUUUAGCCAAAGUUGUUACUGAUAGUUGUAAAAUACUUUGUCCUUACAGGUUUCAUUUGAUUUAAGGUCAUACGUGUGUUUGCAUGUUCUCAUUAGUUAACCUAUUUAUUUUGGGUAAAGGUUUGCCUGUAGUGCAUUGACUUAGCCUACUUGUGCCUUUUGAUGAUUAAGUACCACUGCCUAUCCAGAUAUGAACCUGAAAAUAUACAUCAACAUGAAUCAUAUUAGUAAAGAUAAAGAACUUAUACACCACAUUGAUGAUAGGCCUACUGGCCUAUAGCUAUGGUAGCCAUCCACAGAUAGUUAAGGAUCUACUGUUCCACAUUUUAACAUUAAAACGUGU